CAAAGUAACAAGUUCCAUCAAGAGAAGAAAUAUCACCGUAGAAACAAAAAGAUCCCAGCUACAUGAUGAGUGGCGCUCGGAGUCAAACGACGCUGAAAGCCGACCUGGAGAGCCUCCAGUGUCACUUCACAUGGAACCUGAACCCGCCCAGAUCCAAACUGUUCCUUCUCAGGGAUAAGCUGGAAGACAUUGGCACUGUGGAGGGAUACAGCUGGCUGGGACAUAUUUACAAUUUGCAGGGUUACAUACACUACCAACUCGGAAGCACUAAAGAUGCCCUGCGUUUCUUCGGCAGGGCUGCAGAGGCUUUGCGUCAGAUGAGAAAUACCGUCUCCGAGGAGGGCCCUUGGCUUGUGGUCAACUACGGGAACUUGGCUUGGCUGCACUACCACAUGGGGAAACUGGCAGAAAGUCAAACUUACCUGUCCAAGGUUGAUAACCUUCUGAUUGAAUAUCCUUGUCCAUGUCACGAGGAACUCCACUCAGAGAUCUGUGCUGAAAAGGCCUGGGCCCUGAUGAAAUUUGGAGAAGACAAUACCCUCCUGGCGGUGCACUAUUUUCAGAGAGCCAUCAGGAUGCAGCCGGACAUAAUUGAGUGGCACACCAGUCAUGUCUUAGCAUUAGUCAGCACUUCUAAGCUUUAUAAAACCCGACUCGAUGCGAACACUUUUGAGAAAAUGAAAAUAGCUAGGAAACACGACCCGAAAAAUCUCUACCUUUCAACAAUUUACCUUGCAGCUUGUGCUGCUAGGGGAAGAAGAAUUGAAGGCGAAGCCUGCCGAUUGGCGAAGAACAUUUUGAAAAAGCCUGUCAGCAGCUACAGUGGUAUCAAACCGUUGCUUAAACUGUACAGAGUGUAUCUAUCAAUUGAUGAAGCUCUUGACUUGGCAGAGGAAGCUCUUGAGAGACAUCCAGGAGAGCGUUAUCUGAAGAGGUGUGCGGCAAUCUGCUACAAAAAGAAAAUCCUGUCACACGGGGACAUUCCGCAGGAACAAAACGUGAUUGACAAGGCAAUCAGCCUCUAUACAGAAGUUAUUGCGCUCUACCAUCAAUCGUCCCUCAAAAGAAAAAUAACUCUCGCAACCAUAUACGUAAAGUCAACUCACAACCGAGCUAAAGCUGGCGAGAUGUUCGAGGAACUGCUACACCAGAGUGGUCAGGAACCUGGCGACAGACAGAUGCUUUAUAACUACUAUGCAAAAUAUUUACAGCUCACUCAGAAGCAGAGCUACAAGUCCAUCGAAUAUUACAUGAGGGCAGCGGCAAUACAGCAUCCAUCGGUCUAUCGUGUAAACAGCAUCCAAAUUCUAAAGAAAAUUAGAGAAAGGAACAGAAACCGAAUGUGCAGAGAAAUAGAGGACUUUCUCGACAACCUACCAGACUGAAAAAUGUGCUUACAGUACUUGCCAUUUGCAUUAGACGCACCGGAGCUUUGUAGUUGUUCUUCUCUUAAAUAAUUUUAUUUUUUUAUCUUAUUUUUUUUUUGACAGGAAAGAUUUUUUUUUAUUUACAGUCAGAUUGUUUUUAAAUUUGUCUUUGAAAUCAGAUGCAAUAUAAUUGCAGGUGAAGAAAGUUGUAUGUAUGUAAUGUAAUACAGCAUAUAGGUGUGGAUAGAAUGUAUCAUUGUAUUGCACAUAAAUUCUCAAUUAGUCCCAUGGAAAACUAGCAUUUCUAUUUAUUUUUAGCGUACCACCAGGCCUGUUGCUGACACACUGUAAUGAGUAUAAAAACGUGAGGACGAUGAUGAUG